UGAUGCCCAGCAAGCUGAACCAGCGCCGGGCCCUCCUGCUGCUCCCCCCGCCGGGGAGGCGGAUGGACGAGGCGCGCCUGGAGUCGGAGCUGCCGGCCGAGGGGGAGCCCGGGAUGGCCUUCCAGGUCCUGGACUCCUCUGGGACGCUGUGGGGAGGGCGCAACCCCAGUGCCACCCCCCUCUGGCUGGGGGCUGAGCCCGACGCGGUUUCCUGCGAGAUCAACACCUACUCCCCCCAAGAGGCCCACGUCUCCUGGGCGGCGGGGCUGGCCGGCAAGGAGAGCUGCCCCCGCGCCCUGGAGAAAGGGAAGUGGUUCAUCGCCAGCGUCCAGAACCCAGAAGCGGGCUACGGGGUCAGCAGCAUCUUGCAUGAGGAGGAGCCGUUGCCGUGGAAACAGGAGGCAGCCACCAGCAUCGUCACCACGACAACAGCGGUCUUGUCUGUCUUCACGCGGACCCCGCACCUGCAGUCCCGCCUGGGCCAGGACGUGGUCCUCGACUGCGGCUUCUCGGCACCGGCCGCCCCCUUCUCGGUCGAGUGGCGGCACCAGCACCGUGGCACGGGCCGGGUGAUCCUGGCCUACGACGGGGCGGCCAAGCGGAUCUCUGUGGCGGAGGAGGGCGUGGAGCUCUUCCUGGACCCGGACAGCAACAACGUCUCCCUCUGCCUGCGCGGCAUCGGGGUGCGCCACGAGGGGACCUACAUCUGCACCGUCUACCUGCCCCACCUGCACGCCCAGCAGGCCCUGGAGCUGAAAGCCGUAGAGCCCCCCAGGGUGAGCCUCCGCCCGACGGCCCUCUCCGUGCCCCCCAGCGGCCACGCCGAGCUGGCCUGCGAGAUCUCGGGCUACUACCCGCUGGGGGUGUCCGUGAGCUGGAGACGGAGGAGCCCCGGGUCCCCCCAGGAAGCCCUCCUCGACACCUGGGAGUCGGGCCACCGGCAGUCCCCAGACGGCACCUUCAGCCUCACCAGCUACGCCCGCCUGAGAGCCGUCCAGCCCCAAGACCACGGGGCCUCCCUCAGCUGCGGGGUGGCCCACGCCGGCCUGGGGGAGAAGGAACUGCAGAAGGCCGUGAAGCUCCACGUGGCAGGCUUGUCGGGACCCUCUUGGGAGGACGCCGUCGGGCUCUUCUUGGUGGCGUUUGCCCUGUACGGGAUCCUGCAGCUCUUCUUCAGGAGGGAAACUGGAGUGAAUCGGGACCGCUGGGUUCACAGUCGGGGUUUGUGA